GCGCAAGAGAGGGCUGGGCAAAGCGCAGCCCGCCGUGCGCACGAUGACGGGCAGCCCACGGCCCCCCGAGCGCUAGGGCGCCCACCGACCCAUCACCCGGCACCGGGCACACCACCAGCACCAGGGGGCAGCCAUGCCCACCUCCCUGCCCCGCCUCACGCCGGCGCGCCAGAGCACGGUCAGCACGCUCGGAUCGUUAGUAAGCCGCGCGAGGCAAGCCAUCCAGCCCCCGAAGGCGAAAACCAAACGAGAACAGCAGAAGGAGGAGCUCUUUUCGCACUACGUCCUCAACAAGGACCCGGAAGCGUCCAAGUACAUGCCCUACGACGAAGUAGCGUAUCCCUCGUUAGUAAGGAAAGCUAGAGAUGUGGGGGAACUCCAGGAAAGCGCGCCCCAGGAGCUGGAGCAUUUAUAUUUUGCCGGCCACUUGGACUACCUGCGGAGGACGGAGCAGAAGCGCGUCCAGGCCUCGUUCAAGCCGUUUUUAGCUCCACCUGGUGGCAGGAUGCUGCCCGGCGCGGCCCUCGAGAUGCGCAAGCAUAGUGAGAGGCAACGGAGCGUCGCCAGACGAGAAGCCGCGCAGCAGAAGCGGGAUAACGAGCGGGACUUUCUUGGUUUUCGUAAGAAGCCGCAUUUGUUACGACAGAGUAAACCGGAGACUACAGAGUUAUCAGAUCUGGGCAAGUCGCUCUCGGAGCACGAGGAACUAAGGCUGAGGCACCUGGCCUCUUCCCUACUAUUUGACGAUAAGAAGCAGAACCCUUAUGAGCGAGCGAAUCGGUCGUUGAGGAGGGCCAUCCGCAAGCGGAAACCAAGGCGAGUGGUCGCGUCGUUGUCGGUGGCACACGUCGGCGACGCCGUCGAUCGGUAUCGCGAGGAGGCUCGCGCUCAGCGAGUUAUAGGAAGAGCCUUCCGCAUCUUCGUGAAGCGGAGGAGGUUAGAAAGACGAUUAGAACAAAACAGAGUUGUGGUGUCCUUACAAGCUGCGAUGCGCGGGGUCAUUGCUCGGAAACUCGUGGCCGUGUGGUACCGCAAGUUGGUGAUCGUAACCAUAAAAUGGCAGGCGCGCAUUCGACGCGCGUUAUGUCAAUUGCAUCUUAAGAGGAGGUGGAUUCACGAGCGGCGUUUAUAUGUUGUGAUCCACAGCGCCGUGCGCAUGUUUCUGGGGAAGUGUAGGGUGCGACGACGACGCUUCGACACGUGCGCCCGGCACAUCCAAUCUUUAUGGAGAGGUUCUCGCGCGAGGUGCGUCGCCGACCGGACGUGGCUGGAAUCAGUCGUCAUACCCAUCCAGAAGCAGGCUAGAGGCAUGCGAAGUCGUAGUCGGUACGCGAAGAUCCGGGAGGAGGUCUACGCGGCGACGUUGAGGAUUUCGAGGUGUUACCGCGGCUACUCCGGGCGGCGAGACCGGAACAAGGCCUUGUAUGAGCGGGAGUCGGGCGACCUGCGGGACUUACUCGCUCUAUUGGGUAGUGAAGCCCAGGCCAUGCAAGAUAGGGCAAAAAGAACGGAAAAGCGGAUCACGAAAAAGAACUUGCGGGCGAAGCGCGACGCCGCGAAGGAUCGGGUCGAUUCGCUGGCCGACGAGGUCAUCACGAUGGAGGCGCGCUACCUCCUCCUCAUCCAGGAGAAGGAACGAUUAACACCGAGAGCCAUUAGUGGAGGCUACCGCGACGAGAUGGACGCGAACAUUAGUGAAUACCGGCAGAUCGUCACGAAGCUGAAAACGGAGCUGUUAUUUGGGGCGUUGGUCGAUCUGCGGGCCUUGGAGGGCGAGAUCCGCGAGUCGGAACUAGUCGUGGAGCAGGCGCAGUUUUUUGCUGAAGAGGCGAACGCGGCGCGCGACGAAGAACUAAGAGCGAUCUGGCGGCGGGAGUCGCGCAUGAGGCACGACGCCGCGGCCCUCGACAAGAGACGGGCCAUCGGCGACCAGAAGCGGGCCUGGCGCGUGAAAUUCUUCACGGCGAGCGGCAAGCCGAAGAAGCGCGUCCCGAGCAAUGAUCCGAUGGCCCAGGCGCAUACGGGAGUCUACUGCGGGGGCACGGCUAAUUUGUUAGCGUUCGAGGACACGGAGAAGCACCGCAUCGGCUCCGACGAGGCCCUGGAAGCCUUAGACGAUAAAAUUCGGUUGCAGUCGUGGCUCAACCAGGUGGCCCAGGUCGAGCAGCUCUUCGAGCCGCUGGCCGAGCCGCUCCAGCGCAUGCAUCGCGCGGCGUCCGAUAUGAACGAUGUGGAUGGGCGCGACUUCACGAGGGUGUGCAUGGGUGAGGAGGAGGCGCCUCCUCCGGUCGUUGUGGAGGCGCCCGUCGUGGAGUCGACGGCGCUCGCCGUCGUGCCCGGCUCGCCCGCGGACGAGUCGUACGACUUCUUCGGCGACGCGUCGCGGCCCGAGAGCCCGGCGCGCAUCGCCUGGGAGCCGCCGCCCUCAUCAAGGCCGAAGCGCGUCUACAUGCCGAAGCGGCGGACGCGGCGGCCGCCCGUGUCGCGCGUGCCCUGGUCAUUGCUCGACGAGCUCGACGCGGAGAAGGAGAAGUUCGCCAUGCAGCAGGUCGGCGACACGUUCAAGGACCGCUUCGAGGCGGCCGACGCGAAGAAGAAGCGCGUCCGCCAGCGGUUCGUCGAGUAAGUUUACUGGUCUUGUGAAUCCGAGUCGCGCGCGCUGCGCCCGGCCUCGCGGAGCCGCGACCUCCACGUAUCACCGUGGAGCGGCUUCCACGUCGUCGCGGCAGGCCUGGGGCCGCGGCGGACCCGGCCGGCGGGACGCGAGCCGACGGUGCCGCAGAAACGGCAGAU